CUCGCCUAGACCUUCUUCCUGUUAUAACGAUCACCAAAUGGCGGACGACGCCGGUGGUAGAGGAGGUUUUCGCGGAGGUUUUGGCCCAGGUGGCCGUGGUCGGGGCCGUGGACGCGGGAGAGGCCGUGGUAGAGGCCGCGGUGCCCGCGGAGGCAAGUCUGAGGACAAGGAAUGGGUCCCUGUCACCAAGCUGGGUCGCCUGGUUAAAGACAUGAAGAUCAAGUCCCUGGAGGAGAUCUAUCUAUACUCUCUGCCUAUAAAGGAGUCUGAAAUCAUUGACUUCUUCUUGGGUUCUGCGCUGAAAGAUGAGGUUCUGAAGAUCAUGCCUGUUCAGAAGCAGACCAGGGCUGGUCAGCGUACCAGGUUCAAGGCCUUUGUUGCCAUUGGCGACUACAACGGCCAUGUUGGUCUGGGAGUGAAAUGCUCCAAGGAGGUGGCCACCGCCAUCCGUGGUGCCAUCAUUCUGGCCAAGCUGUCGAUUGUCCCCGUCAGGAGAGGUUACUGGGGUAACAAGAUUGGCAAGCCCCACACCGUACCCUGCAAGGUGACUGGUCGCUGUGGCUCUGUCCUGGUGCGUCUCAUCCCUGCACCCCGUGGUACCGGUAUCGUGUCUGCUCCCGUGCCCAAGAAGUUGCUCAUGAUGGCCGGUAUUGAUGACUGCUACACCUCUGCAAGAGGCUGUACUGCCACCCUUGGCAACUUUGCCAAGGCCACCUUUGAUGCCAUCUCCAAGACUUACAGCUACCUGACCCCUGAUCUCUGGAAGGAGACUGUCUUCACCAAGUCGCCGUACCAGGAGUUCACUGACCAUCUGGCCAAGACUCACACCAGAGUGUCUGUGCAGAGAGGCCAGGCUGUCCAGGCAGCAACCUCCUAGACUUUGUUUUGUACAAUGGUACUGUUGAAAUAAACAUUCUGGGGGAAAGUAA